AUGUACCAUUCGCAACAAAACAAUGAGCAAGCUCCUCACAUAAAACAGCCCUCGCAGCUCGCGAUCCCUAGUCAGCAACAGGCCAUUCCUGUGGGGCAUAUUCCCCCGCUGCCACCUUCUCGAUUCCAGCAUCUGAACCAGGUGCCGGUCCCCCAUAUUCCUCGUCCAGAGACCCAGCACCCCAUUUCGGCUGGCCCACAACGGCGGUAUUUAGAUCACCCGCAGCAGACGCAGUCACAGCCACAUCCUUACCGAGCCAACCUCACGUUCCAAAAUGACCCUCAGAUCGAUACUCAUCAGCCGGUUCCCAAGCCACAGGCAAGAGACCCUCACACCGAUCAUCCGCAACCAGAUGACGGGGCCCAGCAUACGGAGCGUUCACAAUCGGACACCACGCCUCGCCAAAGACAAUAUCCUCUGCAUAUGCAGCAGAUGCCCCAAAUGCACCCGAUGUCCCAGCAGCGAGGACCUCCGCUACCGAAGCUCAUCAACCCAAACGCUGUUCCACAAAGAUACUACCUCCCAUCUUCUUCGCAACAGUUGGCCCCGCAGUCGCCAGGAACUCUUGAUCCAACUCAGAAAAGUCCCGUGAUGCGCCAAUCUCUGAAUUUCCUCAGAGGCACGAGGAACGUAUCCUCUCCGAUUCUGCCUUCGGAACAUCCUGAGAGAUUCGGAGAGCCGCAGCAAAUUGACGAUGGCUUAAAAAAGUACCACACCACCACCACAAAACAUCAAGUCACCAUUUCUGGACGAGUGAUCCCACAGAAAGCCGACAUAAAUCCGUCUCCCCAGGAGGCCCCCAAGAAGUCAAGAAGCUUCACAUCUCUAACCAAAAGGGUUGCGUCCUCAAAUUCACUGCGAAACUCCGCCGACAGAGAGAAGUUAUAUCCAGCAGCAUCGCUGUGCUCGAAAACCAUCGUGACCUCAUCUUCGACCAAAGUCCCGAACGUGUAUCCUGCAGUCCUUUCCAACGUUGCUAAAGCGUUCAGGGCACGGAUCCAGCUAGAUUCAAAGUUCAAGAAUGGUCUUGAGUACAGAGACUCGUUCACAGGCGCGGAGGCCGUGGAUUGCAUUGCUAGGAUCAUCAGGACGUCGGACCGCAACUUGGCGCUUCUGUUAGGCAGGUCUUUGGAUGCGCAGAAAUUGUUCCAUGACGUGACAUACGAGCACCGACUCAGGGACUCCAAUAACGAGGUUUAUCAGUUUUCGGAGGAGGUGUUCGAUGUUUAUCCCCACGAGUCAGCGGCUUUUCAGCGUCAUGAAUCUGUUAGCUCGGAUAUUCCCGAGAUCGACAACAAUGGCUCUCCAUCGAUGACGUCUUCACCAAACGGCAACCCAAAUUCCAAAUCAGGCUCCUUCGGGGUGUCGGUGGUGGGAGUUUUCACUCUACUCACAGAAUGCUAUUCGCCAACAUGUUCAAGAGACAAUCUCUGUUAUAGUAUUGUUUGUCCGAGAAGGCUAGAGCAGCAGGCUAGACUGGGGUCGAAAUCUUCUUUGAUGAGAUCUGACUCGCACUUGUCGCUCACCCAAAAGGAGGAGCAGAAAGCGUUCUGGUCGUACACGGUUCCAAAGAGCAUUUUGGAUAGCAUGGACAAGAGAGAGAUCAAGCGCCAGGAGUGUAUUUUUGAGAUGAUUUAUUCCGAAAGAGAUUUUGUGAAAGACUUGGAAUAUUUGCGGGAGUUCUGGAUCAGACCUUUGUCUGAGACAAAGAUCAUCAAAGAGAAUGAGAGAGAACAUUUUGUGAACACUGUAUUCUACAACAUUAAUGAAAUCUGGGAGGUCAACUCGAGAUUUGCAGAGGCAUUGACCAAGAGACAACAGGAAAAGUCGGUUGUUGACGAGAUAGGGGACUUGUUUUUAGAAUUUAUUCCUCGUUUUGAGCCAUUUGUGAAAUAUGGUGCUGGCCAAGUGAAGGGCAAGUACGAAUUUGACCGUCAGAAGAGACACAAUCCAUUUUUCGUUAGAUUCAUCGAAGACACCAGCAAUAGAGCUGAAUCUCGCCGACUAGAUGUGUCGUCUUAUCUUUCGAAACCUACAACUCGGCCAGCAAGAUAUCCUCUUCUUUUGAAGAGCAUUAGAGACCACACUGACCCCGAGUCUAAGGAUUAUGCCAACUUGAAUAAGGCUAUUGAGCUUCUCCAAAAAAUGCUGACAAGAAUUAAUUACGAGACAGGAAAGGCGGCCGAUAGAUUGAACCUUUUCCUGUUGAAACAGAAACUGGUUUUCAGACCUGGUGAGUACAUAGAUCUCAGAUUGACAUCAGAGCACCGCAAGCUUUUAUACCAGUGCGUUUUGAAGAAGAGAAAUUAUCAGGACAAAGAGAAGCAAGGAGAAGUGCAAGUGUACCUUUUCGACCACGCUUUACUGUUUGUUAGAAUCAAGGUGGUCAACAAGCGAGAGGUCUACAGGGUCUAUCAGCGGCCUAUCCCUCUGCCCCUACUAUUUGUCUCAUUGACUGAAGAGAGCCCAUCCAUCAAACAAAUCAAAAAAUCUGCCUCUACGGGAUCGUUGACGGGAUCAACGUCCUCGUUACUUUUCAAAGACGCUAAUUCGACGAGCGGACUGCAUUUGGCAACGACUUCGGCCAAAUGCCCCAUUUCUUUCACAUACCUGGGCAGAAGUGGGUAUGACCUGACACUGUAUGCUACGCCAACAGUGCAACGAAUGCUAAUUGACAAGUUGGAAACGCAAGCCAGAAAACUAAUUGAUGAUAAUGAUGUUUUCACCUUAACCCCACUGACGUCCAAUUUCUUUGACCAUAAUAAUAAGAUCAACUGUGUUGUUCCUUUCGAUGGAGGCAGAAAACUGCUGUAUGGUACCGAUUCGGGUAUUUAUGUGAGUGAUGUGAAAGUCACUGACAACGGAUCCAGGGUUGUUUCGAGGCCGGUGAAGAUCAUCAGCAAAAUCAAUAUCAUCCAGGUCGAGAUCCUCAGUGAAUACCAGACUCUAUUGGCUUUAAGUGACAAAAAGCUAUUCUACUGGUCUAGCGAGGUGUUGAGUGGAGGGGAUGCAGCGAAGAACGGCAAGCUUGGAAAAGAGCUAAUGACGCACGUGUCGUUCUUCAAAACGGGCGUUUGUGCUGGAAGAAUGCUUGUUUGUGCGGCCAAGUCCUCGUCCAAUCUCAUUAGGAUUUUUGAGCCUAUUGAUCCGAUCAGCCAGAGAAAGCAAAAGAAAAAGUUCUCUCCGGAAACAAAAGACGUCAGUUUCAACUCGGAACCUGUUUCGAUCAGCUUUCUCAAGACCAAGCUGUGUGUGGGCUGCUCCAAAGGCUUUGAGAUUGUUUCUUUGGAAACCAAUGAAAUUAAGCAGCUUCUGGAUGCUGCCGACACGUCGCUUGACUUUGUGGUGGGCAAGGAAGGUUUGAAACCCCUGGAAAUAGACAGAAUCAAUUCUGACUUCCUGCUGAGUUACUCGAACUUCUCGUUUUUCAUCAACUAUAGUGGCUGGCGGUCGAGACCCAGAUGGAUCAUCCACUGGGAGGGUGUUCCACACGCUUUUGCUCUGUGGUACCCGUAUCUUCUCGCCUUUGAUUCUGGUUUCAUUGAGAUCCGCCACGUUGAGAGCGGAGAACUCUUGCGCGUCAUCAUCGCAGAGAAGAUUCGUUUCCUACACUCCAGCUCACAGGAAAUUUUGUACGCAUACGAAGACGAGAGAGGCUAUGACGUGGUGGCUUCACUUGAUUUCUGGGAUAAAAGCAUGAAGAACAGAAGUCGCGGAAACACCCUCCACACACAAGCUCCGAACGACACAGCCAGCUCGGCUACUUUGGUUUCAAAAUGA